GUUCGCUCGCAUUGCGGGCAUCCAGUUUUCGCCAGCCUCCUCGCGAAUCAGCAGACGCAAAAGCCCAAAGCAUAAAAGACCCUUGUGGCUGGAAGCUCAAAGUGUGGCGUUGCGGGACGGGACCUGGCCUGUCUCCGUUUCUAGGCCGGGACUUACCUCUAGGACUGUCCCUCGAUUGACUUAAGGUGGUCAGCUUCAAUCAUCCUGUCCAACAUCAACUCAGCAACCCGAUUCCAGCUUUCAUUUUCACCAUCGUCCACUCAAUCGUUCUCAUUCACGAGUUUCCCUACGAGAGCAAAGCCCCGGUCGCUGCCAUGGCGAACGCCACAGACUCCAAAGACCCUCCCUCUCUCGACAAGCAGCGCCACAUCAAGUACUGGGAGCGAUGCCACAGCACCUUUCUCCCCUCACCCUACACAGCAUACGAUUCCACCCGCCUCACCUUCGCCUGCUUCACCAUCUCUGCCCUAGACCUCCUCUCCGUGCCGCUGACCCCGGCAGACCGGGCCGCCAUCCGUCGCUGGGUCCUCAGCUUGCAGCACCCGGACGGCGGCUUUUGCGGCAGCUCCACGCAUUCGUACGCCGGCCAGGACGCCCGCAAGGGCACCGCAAACUUGGCCGCGAGCUUCUUCGCCCUGAUCCUGCUGGGGCUUGCCGCCGACGGCGAGGACGAGGAGCGCGCGGCGUUUGCCGGCGUUGAUCGGGCAAAGCUGCUCCGGUGGAUUCGCACCCUGCAGAGGAAGGAUGGGAGCUUUGGCCAGAAUGUCUGGGAUGGAGAGACGGUCGGGGGGAGGGAUAUGCGGCAUAGCUACCUGGCUAGCUGUAUUCGCUGGAUGCUGAGGGGGGAUGUUCAGGAGGGUGAUGAGGCGUGGGUUGAGGAUGUGGAUGUUGAUGAAAUGGUGGCACAUGUCCGACGGGGACAGACCUAUGAUGGAGGAGUUGCAGAGUCUUCACAACACGAAUCUCACGCUGGAUACGCGUACUGCGCCAUCGGAGCACUCUCCCUCCUUGACCGUCCUCAAGACUCUACCCUCUCACCCCAAACCCAGAAGGCUCUAAAGGAAGGCGUUCCCAACCGUGAAGGCCUAUUCCAGUUCCUAGCCUCCCGGCAGUUCCGAUAUCUUGCAGAGGAGGAAGAGGAAGAUGAAGUGGAAGAAAACUUCAUCGAGUCGGAAAUUGGGGAGACAGAGCUCGGCCAUGUGGGGUUCAAUGGGCGCUGGAACAAAAAGGCCGAUACGUGCUACUGCUGGUGGGUGGGCGGAACGCUUGAGAUGCUCGGAAACUCUUCCGUCAUCAAUGCCCCGCCAUCUCGGCGAUACAUCCUCGACAUCACGCAGCACCGCAUUGGAGGCUUCUCCAAGGCCGUGGGCGGGCCGCCAGACAUGUACCACUCGUACCUCGGACUAGCCGCACUGGCUACGAUGGGUGAUAGCGACCUGAAGGAAUUCGAUGUCGGCCUAUGCUGCAGCAAAGAAACAACACGCAAGAUUGAACGAGCAAGAGCUGGCUUGUUGGAUAGUAUACGGGGUGAGAGGAGGGGGUGGGAGGGCGAUGGGUUCUGGUAAAGAGUUUUGGUAUGAACUCCCAAACCAUGGUGGAAUUGGAUCAUUCGG